AUGAAACGCUAUUUCCUAGUAAACUUCACUUAACUUUCAUUUCCUGAUGAACUUUCUAUUCGUAAGUUGAAAAAAAUAUUAUUUUGUGGACUAUAAAGAAACAAAGAUUUAAAAAAAAAUCGCUGAAACUAAAUAUGGCCCAAAAUCAAGGAUAUGCAAUGACCUCUCCUCCACAACAGUCGAGUCAGUUCCAGGCCCCACAACAGCAACAGCAUACCACUGUGAUCAUUAACCAACCAAGUGUUCCCACUAAUCCAUUACUUGUUGGUACUGUACAGGGAACCAGAGAGUGGUCAAGUGGACUCUUAGAUUGUUCUGAUGAUAUCGGAAGCAUGGCGUUUACCUGUUUCUGUUACCCUUGUUCAGUCUGUACUAUUGGGAGCAGAAUAGGAGAAAGUUGGUUCACACUUUGUUUUGUACCGGCUGCAGACAUCACUUACAGGACCAGAAUAAGGACUCUUGGAGGAAUAAGGGGUGAUAUGUUUUCUGACUGCAUGUCCGUUACAUGUUGUCCAGCAUGUGCCGCUUGUCAGGAGCAACGAGAACUCACAACUAUGGGACUUUAAAUAGUUGGUAUUGAUUGCGCUAGGGGAGGUGACUUAGUCAAAUGUAUAAAGUAUCACAUGGCUUCGAUUUAUUUGUUCCAUAAUGCUUUCUUUGAAAACAAAAUUGCUACUUGUGUAAAAUGUUUGUUUGUUUUCUAAAUUUAUUGACUAUAUUUGUAUCUAAUAAAAAGAGCUUAUGUAUUGAUUCUUAAUAAAGCAACUAAUUUUGAACAUA